ACUCCUGGGUUAUUCUUCCCCAGGCCACUGCUGCUCGAACUACGUACCAAGUCAGUUUUUUCUCGCACUCGUUAAGAUCGAGCCAACACGAGAAGUCGCCACUAAUAAAUUACAGUUUUUACUGCCCUCUAUCAGUCUGCGCCGCGAACCCGAGUUAUUUAUACGUAAAAUAAACAUUAAUCAACAAUAACAGCAGUUGUCAGCGCGUGCAACCAGCCUAGCCCCGCCCGUCGCACAAGCAAGAUAGAACAGACAAAAUGUUCGCAGUGAUGCAAAUCGACGAAGACCACACACGGGACUUCAGGCGCAAGCUGCGGCCGAAGUGCGAGUUCGUGUGCAAGUACUGCCAGCGCAGGUUCACAAAGUCCUACAACCUGAUGAUACACGAGCGCACGCACAAAAGUCCCGAGCUCACGUUCAGCUGUGAGGUGUGCGGGAAAUCGUUCAAGCGCCAGGAUAAUCUACGCCAGCAUAGAUGUAGUCAAUGCUUGUGGCGGUGAAGGAAGGAGAAAGCACGAUCCAACUCAGCGGUCUCUCUUACACGAUAGAAGAAAUCCAUUACAAUCCAAACAAGGAGGCCGCAUGUCUAAGAUGGUGAUCAUUCAAGACUCAUGUGUAUCCGCAUUUAGUAAUAAUCGGGAUAAUCUCUACGUAACAGUAUUCGUGCUUCACCAUUAACUCCGCCAGGAUGGGAUCUUGUUAUUGUUCGAAUUUAUCAGAAAUUUAAGCAAGAAAACUUAUAGCUAUAAGUUUUCGCAGCAAAAAACUAAUUUAAGAACAUUCUGGUGAUCUGUAAAUAGUAUUUAUUAGAGUAAGUGAUGGUAGCAUUUAAACAGCUUAAUUGCUUAGCUUAUAUCUUAAUGUAAAAAAAUAUUUAUAUGAUAUUUAAAAUAUUGUUAUGGUUUUAAGCUACUAAUACGUGGAACGUACAUAAAUAAUUUCAAAUAAUUAUGUAUUUCAUAUGAGAACAGAUUUAUUUUACAAUAUGAAAGUAUUUCCAUGAUUUCUUAUUUAUUAGUAUUUAGUAAGUAAGUAGCGUUCCAUAAACUGCUUGAUGUAUAUUUUGUGGGUUGUUCCUAAUAUUUAGAAUGUUAGUAAAAACUACUUAUAGAAUUGUUUGAUCUAGAUAUAGCACAUAAGAAAGAUCUAUAAAUACGAAAGUAUUAGGUAUGUAAUCAACAAAAGUUUAAAGUUUGACGCAUCUCAAAUCCAGAUGAAAAGCAAAUUCUACUGUCAUUUUAACCAUAUUGCAAACCUAUAUUUUUGAAUAGUUAUUAUCUUUACGUUUAGUAUCAUUUCAUUUCACAGUUUUACUAAGCCUAUGGUCACCCUCUAUGAUGAAUUUGUAAUUUUUCAACUAUUCCACUUACUUAAACGUAUAUGUUAUUUGAAAAUUCAAAAUUUUCUUUUAAUCUAGAACGUUUAAGGAUAAAUAGUGUAGGCAUGUUAUUUGUUUAAUUGGCUUUCUCAAUAACUUUACCUUUAUUUCGAUGCUUUUGCGAAAUAGACUUGGUAAGGUUUUCUAAAUAUUAUAUUGUAUUGUCUUUACGCACAGUAUAUAAAUAUUUUUUAUAUAUGAAGUGUCACAUGAGACACUAUUUGACACUAUUAUAUUAAAACAUUGGAAAUUAACAAAUAUUGUUUUAAUUAUUGAAAUAAUAGUAGGAAUGGUUAAUAAUGAAAAUAAUCCAUGUGCCAAUAAUGGACAGGUUGUCUGUCUCGUAGCCAUAUUUUUUAUAGUGUAGUUGUAUAAAAUAAUAUUUUUCGAAUAUGUUAUUAUGUAUUCCAUUUUAUUGUAAAUCGAUGAUAAUAAAAAUUCAGUAAUUAAAA